AGGAGGCGACCCUGCCAGAGAGGAUUCUGGGGGACUGUCAGGAACCAGUUUGAAUUGGAUUCAUCGCUCCUGGAGAUGAAGUAGAUAGAAAACACUGGGAAACGCUGCUUUUAAAAUGACAACUCCCAACAAAACACCCCCUGGUGCAGAUCCAAACCAGCUGAAGAGAACUGGAACAGUUAGAGAAAUUGGUGCUCAGGCUGUUUGGUCUUUGUCUUCUUGUAAACCAGGAUUUGGAGUGGACCAGUUACGAGAUGAUAAUCUAGAAACCUACUGGCAGUCAGAUGGGUCGCAGCCUCACUUAGUGAACAUUCAAUUUCGACGAAAAACAACUGUGAAGGCUUUGUGCAUUUAUGCAGAUUACAAGUCAGAUGAGAGCUACACGCCAAGUAAAAUUUCAGUCAGAGUGGGAAAUAACUUUCACAACCUUCAAGAAAUUCGGCAACUCGAAUUGGUGGAACCAAGUGGAUGGAUACAUGUCCCUUUAACUGAUGCUCAUAAAAAACCAAUUCGUACCUUUAUGAUUCAGAUUGCAGUUUUGGCAAACCAUCAGAAUGGGAGAGAUACUCAUAUGAGACAGAUUAAAGUGUUUACACCAGUGGAAGAGAGCUCUAUAGGCAAAUUUCCCAGGUGCACAACCAUUGAUUUCAUGAUGCACCGCUUCAUCCGAUGAUGAUCAAGACCCAAUAAAUGUGUAAAAUACACGACCUUGACUUCUCAAAUAAGAACAUUUUUUUUACCAUCAUUAUUGCCUUUUGUUUUAAAUAUAUGUAAUGUAUAGUUUUACUGCAACUGGGACAGUUGCAAAUAUUUUUACUUUUCUGGCAGUUUUAAUUAAUGGAAUCUACAGGCUGGAAAUUUGUCAACAUUUAUUUGUAUCCUAGUAUAUGCUUCUUAGUGCUAAAUUUAAUGCAAUCUUUGUUCCAGUAAUGUUUUAAUUUUAGUUUUACUUUUUAAAUAAAAUUGUUGUGUUUACAUUUUUA